AUGUUGGUCAGGUGUUUACCAUCGAUUGGAGUGUACGCCUCGGAGACCUCGAGCUCAGAAACCAGUUCAGGAAGCAGAACUUCACUCACGAACUUGGAAACCUCUCUGACUCUCUGCUCGUCCCUUUGCAAUUCUUCAGCAAGCUCUGGCGUAGGAGCAGAAGUCAAACAGAAAGCAUCUGGGUUCAAAGUCAAUUCCGACAUGUCGACACCCAAGGUUGGCUUUUCGCCGUUUUCAGACUCCUUGGUCUCUUUGUCCAACGAUUCAGACUUAUCUUUGAUGGCCAAAGAAAAUCUUCUUCUCCACCAUUCCUCCACAGCCUCAUGGCGAAUGACAACUUCUCUGUGUGGUUCUGUAGAGAUCAAUAAUGUAGUCUCUUCCGUCAGUUCCCUUCAUUCCCUUGGUGUCCAUCGAGACGACAAUGUCCUGAACCUGGUCACCAUUCACGGUCCAUGCCUUGUGAGGCUUCAAAUGGAAAGCCUCUGCAAUCUUUUGGAAUUUUUCACCAAUCUUUGGGUCGCCAUUAAGUUGGGUGCGGGCCUCAGAGCUACCGUAAAUAACUCUAGAAACAGACUCCUCCUCAGAAGACACAGGUUCCUCGAAGAUUCCGGGAACUGGAGUUUGACAGAUCACACGGUGUCCACAGUAGUCAACAACGGCUGUACACAAGUGGAAAACAUCGUUGAAGUCGAGUCUGUUCAAGAGUCGGACUCCAUUGAGAUCCUUGACAGCAGCCACCCUAGCGGCCUCGUCACCGCCGGAACGCUCAAAGUCACCUGCAGCAUCAACACCCAGAGAGUAGAAAAUGCCGUUUCUGAGGUACACCAACUGCGAUGGCUCGUCGCCGGGAUUCAUUGGGGUAACAUCGCCAUGGACAACGGAAAUGGCUCCCUUGAUGGCCUGCACGGUGAAGUCGAACCCGGUCUUAUUCAACAGCCUCUCACGAGCCAUGAUCUCAACCAAGUUGGUCCUUGGCAAAUCUCUGCUGCCCUGUUAGUUGGAACAGAGAAGGUAUCUUGGAUAUUCUCCGAUAAGAUUUUUGCAUUAAUUUCGAGCUGUUCCACGAGCUUUGGAGAAAGACUCUUGAGCAAGCUCAACAACGAGUGGUCUCUGGAGGUUCUGGUGUGUUUACCAUUUGCAGAUGUGACUUUCCGCGGGGAUCCGUCGAAUUUCGACACAGACGAGCUGUUGACGAAAAAUCCCAACAAACACCAUGACACCAAGGAAACCAAUGGAACCACACAAAAGUCCAAUCACAAGCGAAAUGACAAAGGAGUAGCCAACGUAGAGAACCACAGAGGUCAAGCCACCAAGUCUGAAUUUCGACAGAAUCAGAGCAUGCAAGAACACGUAGAUAGAGAUACCUGCGCCAACGAAGAAAGACCUCCAUUGCCACUUGUAGUUUUCGUUGCACAAGGUGUAGUAGGUGAGCAGAAGGGUCACGAGGAGAGUUGUGAUGAUCAUGAGCACGAAGCAGAAGAACAGGAAUCCAAACAUGUAGUAGAUUCUGUUGAACCACAGAGAGUUGAAGAUGAAGUACAUCUCGAUGGCAAUUGCUCCGAAUGGGAAGAUACCGGCAAUCAAGGCCAUGUUAGAAGUCUUCAGGUACCAAGAUUGUUUAGGGAUUUGUCUUGGAAUUUGGUUCACCUUGACAGGAACCUUGACGACCUGGCGUCUGAAUCCAAGAAGAGAACCAACACAAGACAGUGGGAUACUGAUGAUGAACCAAACCAACACAAUCACAAACAUGGUACCGAUUGGAACUGCUCCUGA